UCUUUGAGAGGCCGUUUCAAGUCCCAUUUUUCGUCGGUUUUCCGUUUGUUCACAAAAGAGGAGAGAGGACCUCCUUCGUCAAUGGCGCGUCUGCCCUAAACAUUCCUGCGACUAAUCGGAAUCUCCCUACGUUUCUCCGUAACCGAAUUCCAAACCGAAAUCGAAAACUGCUAGGAGAGGAAUCACGGAACAUUUUGGCGCGAUCUCUUCUGUUUCAUCUCGAUUCAUUUGUCUUCGGUUCUAGGGGUGGACAGUAGGGAGAAGAAGACAUGGCUCAUAAGGUUGAUCACGAGUACGAUUAUCUUUUCAAGAUCGUCUUGAUAGGCGAUUCUGGUGUCGGGAAAUCCAACAUCCUUUCCAGGUUUACUAGGAACGAAUUCUGCUUGGAGUCUAAAUCGACAAUUGGAGUUGAAUUCGCGACCAGGACUCUACAGGUUGAUGGAAAGACGGUGAAGGCACAGAUAUGGGACACUGCUGGUCAAGAGAGGUACCGAGCCAUCACCAGUGCUUACUACAGGGGAGCUGUUGGUGCACUCUUGGUCUAUGACAUAACAAAGAGGCAAACAUUUGACAAUGUUCAGAGGUGGCUCCGUGAACUUCGGGAUCAUGCAGACUCCAACAUUGUCAUCAUGAUGGCUGGAAACAAGGCUGACCUAAACCACCUAAGAGCUGUUCCAGAGGAGGAUGCCCAGGUUUUGGCUGAGAAGGAAGGACUCUCAUUUCUUGAGACAUCGGCAUUGGAAGCAUUAAAUGUUGAGAAGGCAUUCCAGACCAUUUUAACAGAAAUUUACCACAUCAUAAGCAAGAAGGCACUGGCAGCCCAGGAGGCAGCCUCUGCAACUGGUUACCCUGGUCAAGGAACCACCAUCAAUGUUGCUGAUACAUCAGGGAAUUUGACCAAGAAAAACUGUUGUUCUGCUUGAUGUGGCAUUCUUCUAAGAGAGAAAUGGAAAGGCAUGCACAGAUCAUUCUUUCUUUGGUGCAAAGGUCAUGUAGAAUAUUUUCAACGUCUUUGGGAGAGAUAUUACUUAUAUAGGCUGUGAGGACCAGAUUUUUUAACAAUCAGAAGCCUGUGAAAUGAAUAUUGACAGUGUUAGCAGUUGAGGAGGUUGUGCUUUUCCUUUCUGCUCCAUUUCUUCUUUAUUUUUGAUGUGGCACUGACUGGGAAGAAAAGUGAUCUGGGGCUGAGUUUCUCAUCAGGAGGAGGAAAUGGAUGAGGAGAGAAACAUUGUAAGUUUAGUGUCUUCUGUUUCAUGAGUUCUUCCUAACUUGUAAUAAAAGUUUCUGUCAGUUUCUUGACACAUGAACGGGCGUUUUGCUGUUUUCCCCCUCUGAAUCCAAACUUAAUUUGCUUGUCAUU